AUGAAGUUGCUUAUUUUGCUGUCAAUUUUAAUAUUAACUCAAGCAAGAGAAGACCCGGUGAAAAGAGUCCUUACAUUUAUUGAGUUAGAACUAAUAGUCUUUCCAAUUGUAUUAGCAAUUGUGGUACUAGGGAUGUGGAAGAUUCACUUACUCUCCUCUUUUAAAUUGGAACAAAUUCUUGUUCGUUUAUAUUUUUUGAUAUUUAAUUUUUCUCUGUAAAAAUACCCUUUUAAAUAUUAAAAAAAAAUAUAAAUGCACUUUUUCAUUAAAUUAGGUCAAAAUUAAUUUCAUAAAAAUUAGUAUUUUUACCCAUAAAAUUUCUAUUGAAAAAAAUUGUCCCAAUUUAAAGGGGUUUAAAAGGACCCAAAAAAUGGAAAUUUCACCUAUAUUUUGUUUCAAUUUAAAGAGGGAAAUUAAUUAAAAACAUGUGAAAGCCUGUAGAAAAUUGUUCUCAAGAGCUCAAACCCCUCGUAAGAGAACCUGAAUGUGAACCAUAA